CGCACAUCUACCCUCUUCCUCCGCCCCGUUAUCCGUUCCGCCACUGUUCACUCCCGAGCCACUCCGCAGCACUCCUCCAAUGGCGCUGUGCCGGACGGCGCCCGCCAACUCCUCCUGCUUCCACCCCCGCGCCGUCGCCAGCUCGCCCUCCUCUCUCAGCGUGGGCACCAAGGUCUUCGUCGGGCUGAAGGCGCAGACGAGGCUCGGCUCGUCAGAGUCGUCGUGCCCGAACGUCAACGCCCGGUUCUACACCGCCGUCAACCGGAGGGUCUCCCUUGGGUUGUCAAACAAGAGGGCUACCAGGGCACGCAUUUCAAUGAUGCCUGUCGGCACACCACGGGUACCUUACAGAACACCUGGUGAAGGAACCUGGCAGUGGCUUGACAUAUGGAAUGCUUUAUAUCGUGAACGGAUUAUCUUCAUUGGGGACAAUAUUGAUGAAGAAUUCAGUAACCAAGUACUGGCAAGCAUGCUGUAUCUUGACAGUGUCGACGACACAAAGAAGAUUCUUCUAUACAUCAACGGUCCAGGAGGAGAUCUUACACCAUGCAUGGCGUUAUAUGAUACCAUGCUAAGCCUAAAGAGUCCAAUUGGUACCCAUUGCCUGGGCUUUGCAUUCAACUUGGCAGGAUUCAUUCUUGCAGCUGGUCAAAAGGGUUCACGUACUGGUAUGCCUCUUUGCCGUGUUUCACUUCAGUCACCUGCUGGGGCAGCUCGAGGCCAGGCUGAUGAUAUAGAAAACGAAUCAAACGAACUUAAUCGGAUCAAGAACUAUCUUUAUGGCAAGCUAGCAGAGCACACGGGUCAUUCUGUUGAGAAGGUUCACGAGGACUUGUCCAGGUCGAAGCGCUUCGACGCCGAAGGAGCCCUGGAGUACGGGAUCAUCGACCGUAUCGUCAGGCCUUCUCGGAUCAAGAAAGAGGGCGGCUCGACCACCGGCCAGAAGAAGGAACUGCGGAAUCUGGGACUCGGCUAGUAGAUGUCAGCGCACCAGAGCUAGUGUUAGACCGUGCGACGAUUUUCCACGUUCGAUCCUGCUUCGACGCAUUGACGCUUCCUUUUGUCAGUCCAUGUCGAUGUAUGUCAUUUAAUCUGUUGUGUCCGUUGUCCUUAGACUUUAAGACAGCUCGAUAUCGGGAAGAUGUGGUAGGCGGCGGUGAUCUUCUCUGUUCUUUCAUAUGUACCGAGAAACGGCCCGCACAAUUGUUGACUCCAUGGACGGAUUAUUGUUCUUGUUGGGCCAGUUUGUGAUCCAGCAAGAUGCUGUCUGAAGGUUACCGUCUUUUUUUC